UACUUGUUGUUUCUUUUCUUUUUUUAAUGAUAUUUGGAUCUUUUAUCUGGGGAGAUCACAUGACUUGAGGCACUGAAGCCCCCCAUGGGGGAGGCUUGUGCUGUCCAGAGUGAGUUUCACCAAAGAUGUCACAGUGAAGAAGACUCCAUUCUUCAUUCUUUCUUUCUUUUUUUUUUUCUGAUGAAUAAUCCACACACGCAGUCCAUGUUUUAAAAGAACUGAGAGUGGGGGGCCGACCACAGACCGGACCCCCUGGAUGAUUUUUUUUACUUUUGGAUGUGCCGCAGUGGAAUGUUCAGGUUGUUUUAAGUAGUAAUGUGUCUCCUUGAAACAUUUUAAGUUAUUUAUUUUUUUAAGGUACAUUUGUCGAGUUGGAGUGCCGGGUGCUUCUGUCAUGGGAUUGUCUUCUCGUUCCACAAGUGGCUCUUUUGGGCUUGGAUCUUGAGAUUGUGCCUCUUUAGACUCGCUGCUUUUGCUCAGCAUGUCCAGGUCAAACAGCGUAAGCCCCCCUGGGUUCGGUGCCCCGGGACCCCGAACCGGAACCGAGCACCGCUCAGCUUGGGAUGAGUCAGAAUCGAGAGCCAAUGGCUACCCCUACACAGAAAAGUCGUCCACAAAGAAAAGCUCGAGGGCUAGCGGAAGAUGGAGAGAUGACGACGAUUUUGAAAGACCGCCCGGCAAGACCCCGGCCAUCAGUCGGGUGAGUUUUAGGUCCAAGUCUGCGUGGCAGGAUCACGGCGAGGAGAUCUGCAUCAACAGCAGACCCAGUCCCAAGCAUCCCGACGGAGAGGUGAGACCCCGAUCCGUGGAGCUAGGGCUGGAGGAGCGAAGGGGGCGCUCCAAAGCCGACGAAGACCCGUCCGAGGUCAAAUUUACUGUGGUGGAUUGCUGCAACAGCAUUAUGCAGAUCUUCAGGUCCAAGAAGUUCCAGUCUGAGAAGUUGGAGAGGUUGUACCAGCGUUACUUUUUCAGGCUCAAUCAAAGCAGCUUGACCAUGCUGAUGGCCGUGCUGGUGCUGGUCUGUGUGGUCAUGCUGGGCUUUCACUGCGCGGGUGGGGAUUACAAAGUGCCCUAUGUGGUGGUCUUCUCCGUGGCUAUCUUGCUCAUCAUUCUUCUUAUGAUUAUAUGCAACAAAAAUGGAUUUCACCAGGACCACAUGUGGAUCGUGUGCUACCUUGUCAUCUUGAUUGUCUUUGUGGUGCAGAUCGUUGGGGUUUUACUCGUGGAACCCAGAAGUGCCUCCGAGGGGAUUUGGUGGACGGUGUUCUUCAUUUAUGUCAUUUACACGCUGCUGCCGGUGAGGAUGCGGGCCGCUGUCAUUAGUGGAGUUGUUCUCUCUGCCAUCCAUGUCACCAUUUCUUGGAAGUUAAAUGAAACAGACAGCUACCUCUGGAAGCAGCUGGUCGCCAAUGUGCUGAUCUUCUCCUGCACAAACAUCGUUGGCGUUUGCACCCACUAUCCUGCAGAGGGGUCCCAGAGGCAGGCGUUUCAGGAGACCAGAGAAUGUAUCCAGGCGAGGCUCCACUCUCAGAGGGAGAAUCAGCAGCAGGAGCGGCUGUUACUCUCCGUUCUUCCCCGCCACGUUGCCAUGGAGAUGAAAGCUGACAUUAAUGCUAAGCAGGAGGAUAUGAUGUUUCAUAAGAUUUACAUCCAGAAGCAUGAUAACGUGAGCAUCUUGUUCGCUGACAUUGAAGGUUUCACCAGCCUGGCAUCCCAGUGUACAGCACAGGAGCUCGUCAUGACGUUGAAUGAGCUGUUUGCACGCUUUGACAAGCUGGCAGCGGAGAAUCACUGCUUGCGAAUCAAAAUCCUGGGCGACUGCUACUACUGUGUGUCCGGACUGCCGGAGGCUCGGGCAGAUCAUGCCCACUGCUGUGUGGAGAUGGGCGUGGACAUGAUAGAGGCCAUCUCGCUCGUGCGGGAGGUGACAGGCGUGAACGUCAACAUGCGCGUCGGGAUUCACAGUGGCCGUGUGCACUGCGGCGUCCUGGGCCUGCGCAAGUGGCAGUUUGAUGUUUGGUCCAAUGAUGUCACCCUGGCCAAUCAGAUGGAAGCCGGAGGGAAAGCCGGGCGUAUCCACAUAACCAAAGCUACCCUGAAUUACCUGAAUGGAGAUUACGAUGUGGAGCCCGGCUUUGGAGGGGAGCGAAACGCGUACCUAAAGGAGAACAACAUCGAGACGUACCUCAUCGUCGGCUGCAGUCAGAAGCGGAAAGAAGAGAAGGCGGCCAUUGCCAAGAUCAACAGGCAGCGCACCAACUCCAUCACUCACAACACCGCCCACUGGUGCUCCGACCGGCCCUUCUACAACCAUCUUAGCUCUCACCAGGUGUCCAAGGAAAUGAAGAGGAUGGGAUUUGAAGAUCCGAAGGACAAGCACUUCAUCUUCAGAAACACUCAAGAAAAUAUGAACCCGGAAGACGAGGUGGACGAGUUUCUCGGUCGGGCCAUUGACGCCAGAAGCAUUGACCGUUUGCGCUCGGAGCACGUCAAGAAGUUUCUGUUGACAUUCAGGGAACCGGAUUUGGAAAAAAAGUAUUCCAAGCAAGUGGACGACAGGUUCGGGGCUUACGUGGCUUGUGCGUCACUCGUCUUCCUCUUUAUCUGCUUCAUCCAGGUCAUUAUUGUUCCUCGCUCCACUCUGAUGAUCAGUUUCUACGUGACGUGUUUCCUCAUCCUGGCCACAGUAAUGUUUGUGUCGGCCAUCUACUCCUGCUUUGGGCUCUUCGCUGCUCCUCUGCAGACGUUGUCAAAGAAGAUCGUCCAGUCGCGCAUUAACAGCACGAUCGUCGGCGUCUUCACCAUCAUCCUCGUCUUCAUCUCUGCGUUCAUCAACAUGUUCACCUGCAGCACCAGUGAAGUUCACACCUGCGUGGCCAGAGAGUUCAACAUCAGCCCCAGCAGCGUCAACGCCUGCCACGUCAGCAGCUCCAGCUUCAACUACACCAUGGACCUGAUGGAUGGAUUCUGUGGCAGCACCUCGCCCAACUGCAACUUCCCAGAGUACUUUUCUGCCAGUGUGCUCCUCAGCCUCCUGGCCUGCUCCGUGUUCCUGCAGAUCAGCAGCAUCGGCAAGCUGGCACUCAUGCUGUUCAUGGAAUGUCUGUACGUCUUCAUCAUAGAGAUCCCCGAAGUGAGCCUCUUCGACAAUGUUGACCUGCUGGUUACGACCAACGCCAUUAAUCGUGCCAAUGGAACCUGUUUCAUAACUGUAUCCAAGGUGGCCUUGAAGAUUAUGACCCCUGUGAUCAUCACUGUCUUUGUCCUUGCGCUGUAUCUGCACGCCCAGCAGGUGGAGUCCACCGCACGUCUCGACUUCCUCUGGAAACUGCAGGCCACAGAAGAAAAAGAAGAAAUGGAGGAGCUGCAGGCCUACAACAGACGGCUGCUUCAUAACAUCCUCCCCAAGGACGUCGCCGCACACUUCCUGGCCCGCGAGCGCCGUAACGACGAGCUCUACUACCAGUCCUGCGAGUGCGUCGCCGUCAUGUUUGCCUCCAUCAGCAAUUUCUCUGAAUUUUACGUCGAGUUGGAGGCCAACAACGAAGGAGUCGAGUGUCUCAGGCUUCUGAACGAGAUCAUCGCCGAUUUCGACGAGAUAAUCAGCGAGGACCAGUUCCGCCAACUCGAGAAGAUCAAGACCAUCGGGAGCACCUACAUGGCCGCCUCCGGCCUGAACGAUUCCACCUUUGACAAGGCAGGGAAGACGCAUAUCAAGGCUCUUGCCGACUACGCCAUGCGGCUGAUGGACCAGAUGAAGUACAUUAAUGAACACUCCUUCAACAACUUCCAGAUGAAGAUCGGUCUUAACAUUGGCCCAGUGGUGGCUGGCGUCAUUGGGGCACGGAAACCUCAAUAUGACAUCUGGGGAAACACGGUGAACGUAGCAAGCCGCAUGGACAGCACCGGAGUUCCAGAAAGGAUUCAGGUGACCACCGACAUGUACCAAGUCCUGGCCGCCCACAACUACAUGCUCGAGUACCGCGGUGUGGUCAAAGUGAAAGGGAAGGGCGAAAUGACCACCUACUUCCUGAACGAAGGGCCCCCCAGCAGUUAGCUAGCGGUGCAGUCGGCUCUCCUCCCAGCGGAAGAAUCGGACGCUUGUUGCCCUCAGCCGCCCCCCCCCCCAAAGGAAUCGGAACGCGGCAGGUGACUGGCGGGCUGUCCCAAGUGACCAAAGAUGUAUUUAUUUUAUUUAUUUAUUGCUUCUUCACUUGUGGUUUGGUGGCAGACCCUCACUCGCGUGGCGGGGAGCGAGCGGAUUUGAUCAUCACAGACGUUCUCAGAAGGAUUUGAUUUGGACGACACGAUGCUGCAUGAAAACGACUCCAGCGGGACGCCCUCCUCGGCCGGCGUCUCCGGUUUAUAAAGUGAGUGGGCGGGCGGGCGGGACGCAGCGGUGGCGGUGGUGGCACUAUGGCCGUGCCCCUCAGGCCCAGAAGAGACAAUGUUACGAAGCUUUUUGUACUUUUUGUCAUUUUGUACUUUCACUAGCAGAUAUUUGAGAUUCUAUAUUUUGUAAAUGACUCGACACUACGUGUGCAUUACCAAGUAACACAAAUGUACUGCAACCGUGCACUUUUCAGGCGGGCAGCCCGGGACGACAUGCUUGUACCUCCCAGCGGAGCGGCAAAGGGGUGCUGCCACCGCUUGGUCAGUCGCACUGCUCAAGCUGGCAUCGCCCCAGUGCCUAGUGGCCUGUUGCUCCCGUGUCGUCUUCAACGCUUCAUUUUUCACAUUUUGCCUUCCUUUCUGGUUUGUUUUUGGUGUUCCGAGGCGCAGGCCUCACCCGUCAUGCAUUUGCCUCCAUUUUAGUUCUCGUUUUUUAACAUGUACAUAGCAGGCGGCUGCGGUGACGUCCUUUUACAGUGAAGCGUAUGCUGGUGCCGCCAGUGGGAAGGGUGGCGAUGACAAGGCGGUUUUCGGCCCAUGAAUGUUCAACUUUGUUCCUUUCUACUCGAGCUGCCUUUUCUCCUCUUCUCGUUUUUGAUGCCCCCUUUUCAAUGUGUAAUAAAACUUGCCUGUUCUCUG